AUGGACAAAGCAGAGACUUUGGGGGAUAGGAUUCUAAUUAUAGCAGACGGCAAACUGAAAUGUGCUGGUACCCCAUCUUACUUUAAUUCUAAACUAGGGGAUGGUUACCGGCUCUGUAUUUUGAAAGAUGAAGGUAUGCAUACUAAUGGACCUUCAGAGCUGGAUGGGAAUAAAGAUGCUCAGAUUCUCACAAUGGUAAAACAGAUAAUCUCAGCUGCCUUUAUAUCCAAGCAUGUAGACAAUGUCACAAUCCCAGUGCAGAGGGACGAACAUUUUGUUCCAUUAUUUAGACUUCUAGAGAACAAGAAAAGUGAGUUGGGGAUAGCAAGUUAUGGUAUAUCAGACAGUGGUCUUGAACAGGUGUUUGUGAAGGUCACAAAAAGUGGCGAGGAGGAUAGCUGGGAUUGUCUACACUUCUCACCUAUAUGUACAUCUUUCUCCUUGAUCUGAAGCUUAUAGUUUGAGUAAAGACGAGGGGGUCCGACAUUCUGUCCGUGGGCAUGUCUUGUAUUCAAUAUAUUUUUAUAUCAGUGUAACUGUUUAUAAAUAAAUGGUUUUCUUACGCAUUGCUUAUGUCACAAGCAUCCACUUGAACUG